CACAACCCAAACAACAUGCCCACCCCACACCCCAUCCCCCGCUUUCUCCUCCCGGGGGGUUUACGCGGAAUAAUCCCCCGAAGAAGCCCCCUCAGCAUGCGCCCCAGCGCACCCUUCACAACCAGCACCCCCAAAAGCAACAACACAAACGACCCCAAACGCACCCUCUCCCAACCCGACAAAUUCCGCCCGCCCUCGCACCCCGCUCGCCGCGUCGUCCAAACGCGCAACGGAAAAGUGCAAACCCGCGAACCAGUCAACUACCCCGGUCCGAAGCUAUCCGACAAAGAGCGCGAGGCGCAGAAGAAUAAACAGUAUCCGCACAUGUUCCCGCCGGAGGGAACGGUCAUGUUCAAGUUUUUGACGAGUCGGUGGAUUCAUAUUUGGAUUGCGAUGGGCGUCCUAACAACCCUCGCAACGUUCACCUUCACCACCAACUUCCGCCAAUCCUCGCCCUUCGCGCACCUGCUCCCCGCCUGGUCCGACCUGCUGACCGCACCGUUCUCGACCGUGUCGCGCGCGAUGAGCGUAUUCCGGAUGCACGUGCAGCAUACGUCUGUGCAGACGCGCGAGAAGCGCAUGCAGCGAGUUGAGGACGCUGAGAAGAGGAGGCAGUAUCGGGUUGCGCAUGGGUUGGAGGAGCCGGCUGCUCCGCUUACGAAUGGGGGGAAGGAUGGUGAGGGUGAGGGUGUUGUGGAUGAGCAAUCGCCUGUUGCGCAGGAGGGAGGUGUUUCUGAAGGGGAGGGAAAGAAGGAGGGGAAGGAUGGGGAGUAUGUGGAUUGGGAGGGGAAGAGGAGGCCUGUGAAGAAGUGGUUGGGGAUUUGGUGAUCUCUUCUUUCACUUUACUUUAUUCUAUAGAUUUGACGGGUGUCUAGGAAGGAAAGAGGAUUGGGGAAUGAGGAUGUAAGAUAGCGAAUGGUUAAAUGAGGAUGUAGGAUGAGAUAAGAUGAAGAGAUGAAGUGUAUAUUAAAUGUCAUGUCUGUUG